AUGGCGUCGCAUGCGCCCAAAGAUCCCAUCGUCGUGAUCAUCGGUGCGACGGGCACAGGCAAGUCAAAGCUGGCCGUUCAACUUGCAACACGAUUCAAUGGAGAGAUCAUCAACGGGGAUGCCAUGCAAAUGUACAAGGGAUUGCCCAUCAUUACAAACAAAAUGCCUGACCAUGAACGCAACGGCAUCCUACAUCACCUGCUCGAUUUCAUCGCUCUAGAAGAGACACCUUGGACGGUCAACCAGUUCGUCAAGGAGAGCUCUCGCAUCAUCGACGAGAUCCGGUCAAGGGGGAAGUUGCCUAUCGUGGUCGGUGGGACGCACUAUUACACCCACGCUCUAUUGUUCAAGGAUGCCACCCUUGCUGAAGACGCUACCGAAAGCGAAUCACAAGAAGUUGAAGGUCCAGAGCCGUUCCAGGAAUAUCCUAUUCUGUCGAAAUCCACGGAGGAAAUUCUUGCGAAGCUACAAGAGGUCGAUCCCGACAUGGCGAGAAGAUGGCAUCCAAGGGACAGACGGAAGAUCCAGCGGUCUCUCGAGAUCUGGCUCAAGACAGGGAGAAAAGCAUCCGAAGUAUAUGCUGAACAGAAGGCACGCAAAGCAGACCAUCACAACGAAGCCACUUGCGACGGCCCGGACAACGUUGGUCAAGACGGACCUGGGGCCGACGAAAAUGGGUUCCGCUAUCCAACGGUCCUGUUGUGGUUAGAGGCUGAAGAUAAGGCCCUGAAAGAACGCCUAAAUGCGCGGGUAGACUCGAUGGUCGCAGACGGACUUGUGGAUGAAGCUGCUUCAAUGGCGGAUCUGGAGGCAGAUCUGAAAAGGAAGGGGACACCCGUUGACAAGAGCAAGGGUAUUUGGGUUUCGAUCGGUUACAAAGAGAUGGAACCUUGGCUGGAGAGUCGACAACGUCAGGAGCUCGACGCCGCCAGAAGCUCGCGCAUGCUGCAAGAAGCGGUGGAGCCUGUCAAGGCUGGCACAAGACGUUAUGCAAAGCGCCAGAACCGUUACAUUCGUAUCCGAUUGGCAAACGCUUUGGUCAAGGCUGGAGUGUUGGACAAGCUCUUCCUCCUUGAUUGUUCUGCUCUUGAACAGUGGAAGUCUGCUGUGCAAGAACCGGCUACCAGAAUUGUGGGCAGCUUUUUAAAAGGUGACAUGCUUCCCGAUCCUCGGAGUCUAUCUGAUUUGGCAACUCGGAUGCUCCCCGCGCCCGAUGACCCUGAUGGCAGGCCCGACCGCGUUGCCAGGAGGUGCGAGAUCUGUGAUAAGAUACUCAUGACAGAGGCUGAAUGGGCCGGCCAUCUCGCGAGUCGAGGGCACAAGAAGACUGCCGCAGCACGCCGCAGGCAAGAAGUUGAAAGCCAACGAAGUCGACCAGAAUGA